AAAGAAUAAUGGUAAAUAUUUUAUACAAUUUACGCAGUUGACACAAGUUACACUUGGUUUACAUCGUGAAGGGUGUAGUUGAUCCGUAAGCUGUGCUUUUAUAUCAUGGAAAAGUGAAGAGGAUAUAAAAGAUAAAAAACAGUCAGGAGGUCAAACAGGUCUCUAAAUUAAACUUUCAAAGAUAUUUCAGGAUAAUUAUGGCAAGUGGAAAAUCGGAUAAAACAAGAAUUGAAGUAGAAAAUGAUGAUUUCGAAGAGGAAACUACAACAAGUGACUACCUAUUAGUAUCAGGAAGUGCAUCAUCUACUAUAAAAAGUGAUUUCACAUCACUUUCCCGUCCAAAUCUAUCAAUAAGAGGAUCUGAUUUCACAGGAAUGGAUACUCCGAGUGUUUUAUCAAUCGCUGAUCCAGAGACCGGCUCUGAUGAUGUAUCAGAAAUGCUCGACGAGUUACAGCUUGGAGACAGUCUAGCUAAGGGGAACAUACCUAAAGACAAACCAGUUAAAAGUGGAAAGAAACUUUGUUCUAAUUGUGUCGUUGACGGAAAACAAACAGAAGCGACCCACCUUUGUAAAAGCUGCAAGCCUGAUGGUAGAUAUAUAUGUCACAAAUGUUUACAGAGUCACAACAGGUGGUCCCUUGAUCAUUUUGUUGUCUCACUAUCUGUAGAGGAUGAAAGUUCAGUCAGAUCUGGAAAAGAAACAAAUGAAGAUUCAAGCGAACUGAUUGCUCCACAGGAACACCUCCCGUAUUUUCAGGACGAAGUGAUCAGUAAUAAACCAGAGGAUGCAGAUUCAAGCGAACUGAUUAUUCCACAGGAACAGCUCCCGAAUUUUCAGGACAAAUUGAUCAGUAAUAUACCAGAAGUUACAGAUUCAAGCGAACUGAUUAUUUCACAGGAACACCUCCCGAAUAUUCAGGACGAAGUGAUCAGUAAUAUACCAGAAGUUACAGAUAUCCGGGAAUGUUUAAACAUUGAUACCCGAGAAGUUUCAGAAUUUCAAGAAAAACUAAUCAGUGACACCAGUAAAACUGAAACUGAAAGUAAUCAAAAUUACAGACCAAAUUCAGUUGAGCAAGAACCAGACAGAAGUGGUACCUUGCACCAUCCUAAGAUUAGACGGUUGAGAGGUGAUUACUAUGGUCUUGAAAAAGAUAUAAAUAACGCUCAGAAGAAAGGUAAACCCCGUUUCUAUGACGACAAACUGUACCGUGAAAUUGUACAAGAUCAAAGAUACAAAUACCCUUCACAGACAACCGAUAAAAGUUUUACAAAAUAUGGUACCUAUUCAAUAAGAACUGAUGCAGAUACCAAACCCUGCUUUGUUACAGGUACUUGCCAGCUUCAAGAUGGUAGAAUAGUAAUCACAGAUUCCGAAAAUUGUCGACUUAAAAUUCUGGAUCCAAACAGAUUUAAAGUCACUGCUUCUCGCAAAUUACAGAGUAAUCCAUGCUCGAUAAGUUACAUGAAAGAAAAGAAUGUUGUUAUUGCAUUUGCUGACUGUGAAGUUGCCAUUGUCGACAUUUUAGAGGAGAUAGAAAUAAGAAGUUCAUUUAAAAUUAAACAUGUGUGUAAAGGUCUUGCAUAUGGCAACGGAAGUUUGUACGUCUGUACCGGACAUAUGAUUGAAAUUUACAGCGAGACUGGUGACAUGAAAACUUCGCUUCAGCCUAUUUCUACCGAUGUUAAAAUCAGAUGCCCUACGAGCAUAAAUAUUAGUAAAAAUGGUGACAUUAUUUAUGUUUCAGACAAAGACAAAGGCAUAGUCGUAAUGGACGAAGAGGGACAUAUUCUAAAUACAAUAUCAGAUAAUGUAUAUGAACCAAAUCUGUUGUGCCUUGACGUGUCCGGAAAACUCUUUGCAACAGAAAUGAGUUCAUGCAGAGUUUUAAAAGUCGACCCAGAAAUUGGAAAUGUAAAACAAGUGAUACGAGAAGUGUGUCAAAAAGACUAUCCAAUAUCAUUGUGUCAUGAGAGAAUAUUCAAUCGUCUUAUUGUGGGUGUUUGGCAGAGCGACAGCAUCCACGUGUUUACGUGCUCUUGACAUGAGUUUUGUAGUGACACAAUUUUGUAUAUAUUUGUGAAUUUUAGAUGUAACAUAUAUGUCACCUAAGUAAUAUGUUUUAUUCUAAAAAAUGGGCGCCUUCGUGGCCGAGUGGUUAAGGUUGCUGACUUUGAAUCACUUGUCUGUAACCAGUGUGGGCUCCUGCCUUGCUCAGAGGGUUAAUUUCUACAUGUGUGGACGCACCCCACCUGGCUUACGAAAGGUCGAUGGCAUUACCAAGGUUACCAAGGUGCCGGCCCGUGUUGAAAUAAUGCACGGAGGGUCAACUAGGGUCCUCUUCCGUCAUCAAACGUCGGAAAUUCACCAUAAAACCUAUUGUUCGGGCGGUGUGACGUUAAACCAAACAAGAAAAUAAUUAGGAAAGUGACAGUACUCAUAUGUUUAUACAGAUUUUGCCUCCAUUGUAUGUUAACUAUCACUAAUCUAUGUUUAAGAAAAAUACAACACUAUAUCUCGUACUUACAUAACUUUAAACAACCCGGCAAUACUUCAUGUUAACAUACUUACGGCCUUUGUCAUAACCACGGCAUGCGUUAUAAGAUAUUUCGGAACUACUUUAAAUUCAAGCAUACCGAUUGUCUUUGUUUUUAAAAUGUUUCAGGAUUACCUAAAAGUUAUAUGUACAUGGCAUUUAGGGUGAAGUUCCCACCUUCACUCCUGUUGCACUUUUGUGUUGAAUCAUAUUGAAACAUAAUAAUUAUAACCUAGAUUUCAAGUUAACAUAAAAGAUAAUAAAUAAAGUCUAACGUUUUGUACGCGGAUAUUUGAUUCACAGUCUGUAUUUUGGACAUAGUGUGAAUGAAGAGCAAGGUCUCUGUAAGUGUUUUGCCAUUGACUAGGCUGAGCUUCACUCAGUUCCCUUAUUUGAUUUCGAAACGUGGUUUAUUCCUAUUACAUAUUUAUCCUUGAUCUUUUGCCAAUUAUGUUUUCAUUUGAUGUAAACAUAAUUAUAAUUCAACAUUUUGUAUAAUUAGUGUUCCUAUCUAUUUUCCUGAAAAUGAAAUUUUUGUUGAUAUUUUAUUCGUUGUUCUUUGUAAUUUUAACAUAAAUUCUGCCCAAAACAUAAAUAAAUACUACGCAGUAUGUAUGUGAACAUAAGAUCAACAUAUUUA